AUUUGAUCUUUGAUAACCAGAACCACUGAACUGAAUUGAAUUGACAUGCAGCAACAACAACAAAAACCAACAUGGUUUUCAAUGUAACAAAGAUUCAGGGCAACAUCGUGUAAAGAAGUAAUAGAUAUUAUUCGUAGAGGAAUUCUACAUUGAUAAAAAAAUGGAGCAAAAAGUAGAUGAAUCUUCAGAAAUGGAAGAGCCAAAAGAUGCCAGCAGUACUGCUUCCAUUUCUACAGAGACUAAAGAUCAAUCAGAUUGUUAUCAUUAUACAAAAAAUGGAGAAUUUACUUCUGAAAUCUUCAAAAUAUGUGUGGACAAUUUGCCUCAUUAUGUUGGCUAUCAGCAAAUGAGAAAGACAUUUUCAAAACUGAAUGUUACACCAAGGAAACUAAAAUUUGAUCCAAAUUGCAAGCUUGCUUUCAUGACUUUCAGUUCAGAAGAAGAGAGAGAGGCUGCAAUCAAGGCUAUCAAUGGUUUUAAGUUCAAAAAACAUAUCCUCAGUGCAAAGAAAGCAAUGCCAAAGCCUGACCCUCAACUCCGUAAAAGACAAAUCAAAAGCUCAGAUAAUUUUGAAGGGAAAAGACAGAAACAAGAGGGGGAUGAGCAUGAAGGGCAGCCAACGGACGAUCUUUCUCCAGAGAUCAGGUUAAAAUAUGUUGUGACGAAACUCUGUGACAUGCCUUAUUCUGAACAGUUAAAGGUUAAAUUCAAUUCUGUUGCUGACGUGUUGAGAAACCUAGAUGAAGAUCUUGCUGCUGCUAGGCCGAAAACAUCGGAUUCAGAUGAAAGCUCAUACAAAUUAGAAGACAUCAUUCAAUCGCCAGUCCUAGAGAAGUAUCGAAACAAAGUUGAGUUUAAUAUUGGCCCUAAUACCGAAGAAAAUAUCACUGUUGGCUUUAGACUUGGUACAUAUAAAGACGAUAAUUUUGCCGUUGUUGAGCCUACAGAAUGCAUAAAUGUUAGCGACGAGGCCACAAAAAUCGCAAAGAUAUUUCAGGACUUCAUCCAAGGCUCAAGUCUUGCACACUACGAUCCUGGAAUACAUACAGGGUACUGGCGACAGUUGACUGUGAGAAAUUGUAUAUCAGGCGAAAUCAUGGUAAUAGUUCAAGUGCACCCUCAAAACAUGAAUCAGGAUGACGUCGAUAAUAUGAAGAAAACACUAAUUGAGUUGUUCAGUGGUCAAAAUGAGAUACACGUUUCGUCACUGUAUCUUCAACUGAAGGGCCAAGGACAAAUUGGUCAAAACAACUCUCAAAGCUACAUCCAUUUAAGUGGCAAAGAGGUUAUCUAUGAAAAUAUGUUGGAUCUUCAGUUUCAAAUAUCGCCAGAUGCAUUUUUUCAAGUCAAUACUCCAGCUGCUGAAAAACUGUAUUCCAAAAUAAGAGAAUGGUGUGAUAUAACAGAGGAUACAACCGUUCUGGACAUUUGUUGUGGAACUGGAACCAUUGGACUAUUUCUCGCAAAAGCUGGUGCCAAGAAAGUAAUUGGAAUCGAGCUUUGUCAACAAGCUAUAGAAGAUGCAAAGAAAAACGCUGCUUUGAAUGGAAUAACAAAUACUGAAUUUAUUUGCGGAAAAGCAGAAGACGCUUUGCCAAGGAUUGUUCACAGACUUCAGUCUCAAAAGGUGGUUGCUGUUGUUGAUCCACCAAGAGCUGGUCUACACAAAAAGGUUAUUUUAGCUUUACGAUCCUGUCUUCAAAUUAGAAGACUGGUUUUCGUAGCUUGCGAUGCUAAAAAGGCAUCUACAAACUUUUUGGACCUCUGCAGACCGACGACGAACAGAAAUAAAGGAGAUCCUUACAACUUGCUACGUGCUGUUCCAGUUGACCUCUUUCCCCACACGGCGCAUUGUGAAUCGAUUUUGUUAAUGGAGCGGUUCUCAAAAGACAGUAGUGAGUCUGCCUCUAUAGCUAGCAGUAGCAAUAUUGGAUCCAGUAAUACUCAGUCAAGUUCAGCUGAAGACGGUAAAGCGAUUGUAGAAGAACAUGUGGCAUGAACCUGUAUUAUAAACAAGAACUGUAAAAUCGUUAUUAUUUUACGACCCAUACACCAGGUAUCUCGCCAAUGUUGCUAUGAAAAACUAUAUGCCUUGUCUUAGUCGUAAGCAGUUCAAUUUGAAGUUACCUUUUUUUGUGCACUUCUUCUUUUGGCAGGUUGCAAGUUAUCUGGUAGAAAGCCCUAUUUGCCAAAAUAAAUCUGUCAUUAACUAAUCAGCUCUUGAUUGACUGUUUUUGGUUUAUACGUUUCAGUUUGACAGAAAAGUUCAUUCGUUAUCUGGUUCUUAAUAUGUGCCACGUGCUAAAGCAAGCAAUCUUACUGUAGUAGUGCCCCCCGUCAGUCAUCUCUGUACAACGCUUGCUGGCUGUACCUUAUAUCUGUCACCGUUGUAUAUUGCUUUUAUUCUCAGAUAGUCGUUAUAACGAAAAUUCAAUACCAGUCUCGCCUGUUUGUAGUAUCUCACAUUACAGAUAACCAGAAGAGA